AUGUCUGAGGAAUGGCAUCUCGUAUGCGGGUUUUCGCGAGACAUUUACGAGAUAGUGAAGUUUAUGAAGAUCGAAAGGCCUUUGAAAAUGAUCACGAGCUCCAUGACCCACAGCUCAAUGAGGCGGCUAAUAAAACCUCGCAAACGACGACGUGGUGUUGAUGAUAACAGCAGCAUAGACAAUGAUAUUGAUUAUACCGCCACCAAUUACUACCAUCGCUACAAGAAUAAGUCCUACGUUCGGAGGAACGAUGUUGGUAAAUAUUGUCAAGUCUGCAAGGCCAAACGUCUAGGGGGACGUUCACGCGGUCUCCCAAGUGAUUUGCAGCUCCGCAAAUUGUGGAUUUUACGAUUCAAUCUUGAGCCGGAACGAGCUGCGGAGUUGUGGGUGAAGGAUGCAUUUGCUGACAAUUCACACAGCGGCGAAGUUUGCGCUAUGCACUUUCCAGACGACGAUUCAUAUCGUAAUCCCAGGGACGUUCUCCCAAUCGACAUGAGAGAACCAGAUGUGAGCGAGUUUUACCUUAAAUAA